CAGUGAAUCAAGCAAGGGAAAGAUGGGACGAUAAUCAAGCCGAGCAGUAUGGGCUCAAAUUGACUGUAGACACAGCCGCAUAUCGUAAGUUCUGCUGAUUGGUCAGUCGCUCAGAUAAUUCUCAGUCAUCGCAAUGGUACCUGCGGCUUUGUUGCUUGCCAUUCUGCUCUAUCUCAUACCGCUAGUCCAUGCGAGACGAACAACCAAGGUAGAUUUGCUGCCUGAGAUCCAUGAAGAGCUCAGGACUACGACUGGCGUCGAGGAGAUCACGCCUGUGAUGAGUUUGCCGGUGAACACAGCACAGAAUACCAUGGCAGCCUCCCCAGAAAGCACGACCGAAGCCGUCGACCAAAGGCAAGUCCGCUCAGCGCCUCCCGUGCCGCCCCGAUCCAGUCUAAGACGCAAUUCGAGAUGGUCCUUGUUCCAUGCCGUCUGAUCAGGUAGCGGAUGAAAGGCGACGAAAUGUAGAAUACAAUGUGCAAUGCAUGGCGGAGCAGAGGCGAUCAAUUUCUAGUACUCUGCAUGACGCAGAUCAGACUUU